ACCACAAUGUAUACACAUUGUGGUGUCUACUUUCUAAUAUCACAACGCAAUUCAAGAGAAUAUAUAAAGAAUUGAUAUCGUCACUUGUCUUAUCAUUUGUAAAAUUUUGCAAGAUGACUCAACAACGUAACGGGCAAUAUUGGCGUUGGCUUUCUGCAAUUUUUAUGGCAUUAUAUUUGCUAAAUUUUGCAAUGGCCAAAGAAAUUGACGCAAGGAAUAUCAAAGAAUUGAGUAAUUGUGACGAAGUCUCGUAUACCUAUACAAUAUGGAUUGGAUCAUCGGUAUCCCAGGAAUUCAACAUCUCCUUGACUUCACCUAAAAAUACCAAUUUCUUUGAUGCCAUGAAUCAUGCUGCGAAAAUUGAUCCAAGAUUUGAUUUUAAGUACAAAAAUACUUCCUGGGGCCAUUAUGUCACCGAAAUUUCUGGGAAGGCGGAAGAUGUUAAAAACAACAUAUUUUGGCUUUUGUACAACUUACCGGAACCACCAAAUAAGAAUAAUAAGCCCGGAGAGGAAUAUAUGUCCCCUGUCGGUGUCGAUGGGUUGAUUGUGGAAAAUGGCAAAAACUACUUGUUCUGGCUCAGAGAACUUAACUUAUCGAAAUGAAAAAAAAAAAAAACUUAACGAUUUUAAUAUAUCUGCUUAUAUGUUAUGUCUUUUCAAAUAUAUAAAUAAACUUUGAUUCUUUAGCAAGAAA